CCCACGCAAGCAUACACGCAAUUCGCAAACGUUUCCAGAGUUCCAGUCCGGAAUUUCUUCAUCGCGCGGUUUCCCCACUCUCUCCAACACUCUCUUUCCCUCAUAAAAAAAAAAAAAAGACUGAAUUUCCGAUGUUCUAGAAUCGCUAUUUCUUAUUCUUUUUGGAGUCUUCCCAGGCGAAAUGGAGAGCGAGAACGUUGCACCAAACCCCGCCGUAAAUCAGUUGCCGGAGGCGGAUUCAUUGCCGGACGGUUUCGUGGUUAGCUCCAGCGCCGAUGCAUUGGCUCUGAAGUCGCCCAAACUAGCGUCUGAAAAGUCACCGGCGCCGGAGUUGGCUGAUUACAAGGAGGAUACGUUGUUGGAGCCGGAGUUGAGGCCCGGCGUGAUAGUCAAUCACGUCAAUUUUGAUGCAACUUCUGAAAGUGGGUGUAGGGACGCCCCGAGGGAGAGUGGAGUUGGAGGGGAGGGACAAGGGAGCUCGGAGAAUUCUACCAGAAAUCAGCUGGCCCCAACCAUUAAGGAGACACCAUCACAAGAGAGCUCUGAACACCGAAAAAUAGAAGCCUCUGAAGCAAAACGAAAGAAUGCAAAACGCAGCUUUAAAUCUGAAAAGGAAUUUUUGGAGUUCACUUUGAAGUAUCAACAAGUUAUUGCUGAAAGAGAUUCAGCCAUUGCUGUUCGGGAUAGACUUGAGUCAUUGUGUCGGGAAUUGCAACGUCAAAACAAAGUAUUGAUGGAGGAAUGUAAAAGGGUGUCAACGGAAGGUCAAAACUUGAGAUUGGAUAUAUCAAACAAAUUUAGAGAUGCAAUCAAGGAAGUAAGCAACAGGAUGGAAGAGCAGAAAGAUGAAUGUCUAUCACAGUUGAAGGAGAAUGAGACGUUAAAAAGCAAACUGAAACAAGUCACUGAUCAGUAUGCUAUAGCUGAGCAGCAGUAUACACAAAAGUUGAAGCAAAAGGAUCUUGAACUUCAGAUAGCUGAUUUGAAAAUUAAGCAACAUGAAGAGAAAAUACUGCAGGAGGAGUCCCAGAUGAAAUUGUAUGCAGAACAGGUCUCCGAAUUAUUGAUGACUGAAAAGAAUUUGCGGUUGCAAUUGGCAGCUGAUGGUGAAAAGUUCCAGCAAUUCCAGGAAGCAUUGUCAAAGAGCAAUGAAGUAUUUGAAGCUUUUAAGCAAGAAAUUGACAAGAUGUCAAAAUCCAUAAAAGAACUCAAAAAUGAGAAUACUUUCUUGAAGUCCAAAUGCGAGGGUACAGAUAUUGCUCUCAUAGAGCUGGCUGAGGAGCGCGAACAGCUGAAGAAACAACUGGAGAAAAUGCGGAACCAGAAAGAGAGAUUGGAGUCGUUAUGCCGCUCACUUCAAGCAGAGCGGAAGGCCAGCUCCACUGCAAUUGCUAGCUCCGAUUCAGUUUAGGAUUCGGAUUAUUUAUCAAUCAAUUGUGUAAUAAUAAUAAUAAUAAUCAAAUGUAUUUUGUGGCUUCAUCACACAACAAUUCUUCUUUCUUUUUCAUAGCCCCACCAAAUUUUGUUUCAAUGAUCAUCGGAGGUGAAGUUUUGAUGAAGGUUUGCUUUGAUUUAUUA